GAUAAUUUUUCUUAGCACUACGUAAUGCUUAUUUCAAAAUAUAAACAACAUCAGCAAGAAUCAGAAUGGCCGUAAAUCAAACCAAAUCGCAGAACGGUCAACUUUUUUUAACAAACGACUUCGUUAUCACCGACAAAGAUGGCGUCGAAUUCAAGUUUGAGAAGUCGGCAAAUUUACCUGGGUACUUGUUGCCUGAGAGAAAAGGACGGCUGAUCCUUACAGGGCAAAAGGUUAUAUUUGUCAACUCCAAGGAAAGUGAUCAAUGUCAGACAAUUACGAUGGCAUUUCACUACAUAAGACAUCUUGAGAUCAAGCAACCCCUUUUCGGUGCCAAUUAUCUUCAGGCAGAUUUAACGGCUGAACCUGGAGCUGGCUGGCAAGGUGAUGCUGUUUUCAAAAUAACCUUUACCAAAGGUGGUGCAAUUGAGUUUGCUGAAGCAUUUCAACGUGCUGUACGAAAUGCAAGAACAAGAGGCCAUCCUGCCAUGACACAACCAAUGAAUGGUCAAUACUAUAUACCACCUCAACAACCUGCACCAGGCAAUGGUUAUUAUGGUGGAUAUCCCGCUGGUGGUUAUGUGGCACCACCACCAUACCAACCUCAGCCAUAUCCACCACCCUAUAAUGGUAUGCCACAGUCAAGCCAGUUCCAAGCAAGUGCACCUCCACCAACAGGUGGUAAAGCUGCUGAGGCUUAUGCUUCAGGACAAAAUGUAUUUAUUCCUGCACCACAAAACAGCGAAUUUUCUCCUUCCGCACCGCCUCCUUACGAUCAUAAUGGUAAAAAGGACCAAUAAUUUACGACAAUUUAUGCAAAGCAGUUUCAGACUAAGUGUAGCCAUCGGUUCCGCAGCAUGCUUGUUAAAAAUUCAGUAUGACAGAACUUUAUGUAUGUAAAAUUCAUUGCAAUAACGUAUUAUAUAUUAAUUAGAUAUGAUAAAAUUCGA